AUGAGAGCAGAGGGUUUGUCCAUGAUCAGAUCUAUCCCCCCAAAGCUACCAGAUCCAUCCAUUCCGAUUGCUUCUUCAUCACAUCUACAUAUCCCUACACCUAAUCAUCAUAUAGCUGCUUCUUCUUUAUUUGAAGCUGCUCAGAUCUUGACCUCUGAGGCCCGUGCCCCUUCUUAUGUGUCUUUCUUCAAAAAGCCCCUUCAUGGUCGUGGCAUUCCAGAUACACAGUCUUCUAAGACUGUUGUAGCAAAGCCAACUAAAAGGGUGAUCUCUCACAAUGGGGAAACGACAAUGGCUUGGACAAGAGAAGAGAUGAUGGAAGCUUUCAAGCCACUAGAAUUUGCUAUCAUUG